CAACAAAUUGGAAUAUUUCAUAAAUUUCGACAAACACCUCAAGCAAUAAUUGGUCGUAAAGAUGGAGCAUGUAGUCGGGUCAUAAACCAAUCAAAUGGUACAAUCACGACAUCCUUUACGGUACCCUCGGAAUUAAUAUUAACAGAGAUAUAUAUCACAUGUGUUUUUGCAACCGAAAAACGAGCCAUUUUUUAUCCAAUUAAUGGUACAUUCCAUCAUCUUCGAUUAUUCAUUUCGAGAAGAUUCCCGAAUAAAAGAUGGAAAAAAACAUGGUUUAGAAAUAGCCGUGGAUGUUGGGAUAAAUUGAGAAAUGAAAAUGAUUGGAAUCAGGCAAAAUCCGAAAGUCAAUGUGGGAAAAUGGAAAGGGUGAUUAUAUACUUUAAAUAA